GUCGUGAUCACGGCGAAAAGCUUUACAUUGUAUCCAUUUGAUAUGAUACACGUCAGUAAUAGGCAACGUUAGUUAUAGUUAAUAGUGCGCGUUUACGCAUAUACGAGCAUAUUAGUGUUUGAUUGCGAUCGAGUGUAGUUACAAUUGUUUAUAAUAAAACAAUAUUAUUGGUGCGUUUGUUUAUCUUCUGUCAACGCAUAUUGUGUUUCUCAAUUGAUCCUAAUAAAAGUUAAUCGCGCUAUUUGAUGACAAUUGUUACUAUUUUGUUAUUGUGUUAAACGGAGGGGAUACUUUUGGAGUGAUAAGCAACAUUGACAGCUUUCACAACUUUAUUGAGAGACGAUCUAAUUAAUUUUCUUACGAAAGCAAAUCAAAAUGGCAGACAACAAAAACGAUGAUACGCCGGGGCGGAAUUCCGAAAGUAAAUCGAAUCCUGCGGAGGAAAGAUCGCGAUACUUCAAAAAGUUGGAAGAAUGGCUCCAGGAGGCAUACGCUUGGCAAAGUGUCGCCGCGAUGUUUCCCUAUUACAUGAUGUCAGGACAAUCCGUUUCGAAUUCGAUACUUGCUUCAGCACCAUUUCAAUCAAAUCAAAUACCAACACCAUUGAAUACACGAGGAGUGAUAACUGGCAAUGUAGAUAGACAGAAUGAAACAAUAAAUCACAGAAGGCUUCAGGAACAACCUACAGGACCUUUCCAACCUCCAGGAACUGAUGGUUAUGAAUAUCGGAUUCCCCCGAUUUGGAAGAGGUUUGCAGCAGAAUUUAUAGAUUCAACAAUGUUAUUUCUUUUAAAGUUUUCCAUUACUUUCAUCGCAAUCGACGUCUUCGAUUUUAUAGACAUUGAAGAUUUAGAUUUGUUGCAAGCAAAUUUACGUAUUGAUUAUAAAAUGGCUCUGGAGAUGACUUAUGGAAUUCUGAUUUUGGAAAUAAUUCAUCGCGUGAUUGUUUGUAUCUUUGAGGCCUUCUGGCUUCAACAUGGGGUGUACGGUCUUAUCGGAGGAGCUACUCCUGGCAAGUACAUGAUGGGUUUGCGGGUAGUUCAAUGUCGAAGUAUAACUCCCGUUGAACGUCCGAAUGAGCAGGACGUGGUCCUGGUGAGCCCUGGGACUGAUUUGGGUCUACCAUUAGCAUUGGGCCGAUCAAUGGUUCAACAGAACUGGCUACGAUUUGAUCUGUCACUCUCUCGUCAUAGAAGAUCCCUACAGAAAUAACAAUCGACCACAUCAGGAAUAAUUUAAAAAAGGAAAUUUUCUAUUUGGCUAGUAUGGAGUCAGCGCGGUAAGAAGAGCGCAGAAUGUACUUAUCUAUACAUAUUUUGUUAAUAUAGCAUAAUAAUCACAUGAAUAUUUAACCAGGAAUAAUCUAAUGGUGCAUGGAAAUCUCUGUGAUGUGUACAUAAUGGCUGUAUGUGCUUCUUGUACCAAAUACAUGCGGGUUCAUGUGUAUGGCGUGUAUAUAUGUGUAAAAAAAUAAAAAUUAUUAUUG